CCCCGGGGGUCCCCGGGGUCCCCCGGGGGAAGAUGCCCGGCUCCCGGCUCCGCGUCUUCCCGUCGGUCUUCGCCGUGGCCGCCCUGGCCGGGCUGCUGCCCGUGCUGCGGAGCCACGGCCUGCAGCCCGACCCCACCUCCGUGUCCCGGGGCCUGCCCGGGGAGGUCACCUCCGCCCCGCCGGACCCCCAGGAGCCCCGCUACGUCAACAACCACACGGGCGGCAAGGAGGGCAGGCCCCGAAAGCCCUUCCCCGUGCUCUGCCUCGACUACAAGCACGUGCGCAUCCCCUUCGAGAUCUCCCUCUGGAUCCUGCUCGCCUGCCUCAUGAAGCUGGGCUUCCACGUGAUCCCCACCAUCUCUAGCAUCGUGCCCGAGAGCUGCCUGCUGAUCGUGGUGGGGCUGCUGGUCGGGGGACUGAUCAAGGGGGUGGGCGAGAGCCCCCCGCUGCUGCAGUCGGACAUCUUCUUCCUCUUCCUCCUGCCGCCCAUCAUCCUGGACGCGGGCUACUUCCUGCCGCUGCGCCAGUUCACGGAGAACCUGGGCACCAUCCUCAUCUUCGCCGUGGUGGGCACGCUGUGGAACGCCUUCUUCCUCGGGGGGCUCAUGUACGCCGUGUGCCUGGUGGGGGGCCCGGCGCUGAGCGACAUCGGGCUCCUGGCCAACCUGCUGUUCGGGAGCAUCAUCUCGGCCGUGGACCCCGUGGCCGUGCUGGCCGUGUUCGAGGAGAUCCACAUCAACGAGCUGCUGCACAUCCUGGUGUUCGGGGAGUCGCUGCUCAAUGAUGCCGUCACCGUGGUGCUGUACCACCUCUUCGAAGAGUUUGCCGGGUUGGAGCAAGUGACCUUCAUCGACAUCAUCCUGGGCUUCCUGAGCUUCUUCGUGGUGGCCCUGGGCGGAGUCUUCGUGGGCGUCGUCUACGGGGUCAUCGCCGCCUUCACCUCGCGCUUCACCUCCCACAUCCGCGUCAUCGAGCCGCUCUUCGUCUUCCUCUACAGCUAUAUGGCCUACCUGUCCGCCGAGCUCUUCCACCUGUCCGGCAUCAUGGCGCUGAUCGCAUCGGGCGUCGUGAUGCGGCCCUACGUGGAGGCCAACAUCUCCCACAAAUCUCACACCACCAUCAAGUACUUCCUGAAGAUGUGGAGCAGCGUCAGCGAGACCCUCAUCUUCAUCUUCCUGGGCGUCUCCACGGUCGCCGGUUCCCACCACUGGAACUGGACCUUUGUCAUCAGCACCCUGCUCUUCUGCCUCAUCGCCCGCGUCUUGGGUGUGCUGGUCCUCACCUGGUUCAUCAACAAGUUCCGCAUCGUGAAGCUGACCCCCAAAGACCAGUUCAUCAUCGCCUACGGCGGCCUGCGCGGGGCCAUCGCCUUCUCGCUGGGCUACCUCCUCCAGAAGGAGCACUUCCCCAUGCGGGACAUGUUCCUCACCGCCAUCAUCACCGUCAUCUUCUUCACCGUCUUCGUGCAGGGGAUGACCAUCCGGCCCCUGGUGGACCUGCUGGCUGUGAAGAAGAAGCAGGAGACCAAACGCUCCAUCAACGAGGAGAUCCACACCCAGUUCCUGGAUCACCUGCUGACGGGCAUCGAAGACAUCUGCGGCCAUUACGGCCACCACCACUGGAAGGACAAGCUGAACCGCUUCAACAAGAAGUACGUGAAGAAAUGCCUCAUUGCCGGGGAGCGAUCCAAGGAGCCGCAGCUCAUCGCCUUCUAUCACAAGAUGGAGAUGAAGCAGGCCAUCGAGCUGGUGGAGAGCGGGGGCAUGGGCAAGAUCCCCUCCGCCGUCUCCACCGUCUCCAUGCAAAACAUCCACCCCAAGGCCCUGCCCGCAGAGCGCAUCCUGCCGGCGCUGUCCAAGGACAAGGAGGAGGAGAUCCGGAAGAUUCUGCGGAACAACCUGCAGAAGACGAGGCAGCGGCUGCGUUCCUACAACCGGCACACGCUCCUGGCUGACCCCUACGAGGAGGCCUGGAACCAGAUGCUGCUGCGCAGGCAGAAGGCCCGCCAACUCGAGCAGAAGAUCAACAACUACCUGACGGUCCCGGCCCACAAACUGGACUCUCCCACCAUGUCCCGUGCGCGCAUCGGAUCAGACCCCCUGGCCUACGACCCGAAGCCCGACGCGGAGCACCUGCCCACCAUCACCAUCGACCCGGCCUCGCCCCAGUCCCCCGAGUCGGUGGACCUGGUCAACGAGGCGCCGAAGGGGCAGGGGCCGGCCCCGGGCGUGGAGGAGGAGGACGACGAGGAGGGCGAGCGGGGCCUCGUCAUGCGGACCAAGGAGCCCUCCUCGCCCGGCACGGACGACGUCUUCACCCCGGGGCCGGGCGACAGCCCCGGCCACCAACGCAUGCUGCGCUGCCUCAGCGACCCGGGGCCGCAGCCGGAGCCCGGCGAGGGGGAGCCCUUCAUCCCCAAGGGGCAGUAGCGCGGCGCGGCCCCCGGGCCGCCCGGACCGGACCCCCCCCCCACCCGCUGCCC